AUGGCCCACCAAGCACACGCAUACCACAUGGUAGACCCAAGCCCCUGACCGCUCACCGGAGCAGUUGGCGCCCUGCUGCUAACAUCCGGCACUGCAAUUUGAUUCCACUUCCAUUCAACCCUCCUUAUAACCCUAGGCCUAGUACUAACGCUCCUAACUAUGUACCAAUGAUGACGAGACAUUGUCCGAGAGGGGACCUUCCAAGGCCACCACACCCCUCCAGUUCAAAAAGGGCUGCGUUAUGGAAUAAUCCUAUUCAUUACCUCAGAAGUAUUCUUCUUUGCAGGAUUUUUCUGAGCCUUCUACCACUCAAGCCUAGCACCAACCCCUGAACUAGGAGGCUGCUGACCCCCAACAGGAGUCACACCCCUAGACCCAUUCGAAGUGCCACUACUGAAUACAGCCGUCCUUCUAGCCUCCGGUGUAACUGUAACAUGAGCCCACCAUAGCCUUAUAGAAGGAGGACGAAAGCAAGCCAUCCAGUCUCUUACUCUUACAAUCCUUCUAGGCUUCUACUUUACUUUCUUGCAAGCUCUAGAAUACUAUGAAGCCCCCUUUACGAUCGCAGACGGAGUGUUCGGGUCAACAUUCUUUGUGGCCACAGGAUUCCACGGCCUACACGUAAUCAUUGGCUCAACAUUCCUGGCUGUCUGUCUUCUACGUCAAGUGCUCCACCACUUUACUUCAAACCACCACUUUGGAUUCGAAGCCGCCGCCUGAUACUGACACUUUGUUGACGUAGUAUGACUAUUCCUGUACGUCUCUAUCUACUGAUGAGGAUCAUA